GAAGACUGAAAAUUUUGUUAAAAGAGAAAAAGACUGAAAAAUGCUCUUGGACUUCAACCUUGAUGCCUUUGAAAGGCAUCGCUUCCAAGGCAAGCAAAAAAGUUCUUUUUUUUUUCAACUUUUUGAUCUAUAAAAACUCUCUUCUUUUAUUAUCCACAAUGUUUCUCUGAUACUGCCAAGAAGAGAGUGAUUUUUUUUUGGUGAGGUGAAAAUGUCCUCGAGAAGAGAGUCGAAACUGAAGAAAUCAGGUUUAAGCAACUCAAAAGCUGUAAAUUCGCCUUCGUCUUCCACAACUUCGUCAUCCAAACAAUUCCCAGAAUUAUAUAUCGAUGGGCAGAGCUCACCGGCAUCUUCAUCGGCUCGAAGCAAGCCACAAUAUAUUUACUCUGACAAUUUGCACGCGGAUGCCGACCGAUCCAAAGAAAAUGUCACUGUCACCGUUCGGUUCCGUCCUCUCAGUCCUAGAGAACUUCGUCAAGGGGAGGAGAUUGCGUGGUAUGCAGAUGGAGAAACUAUUGUGAGAAAUGAACAUAAUCAGACUACAGCAUAUGCAUAUGAUCGAGUGUUUGCCCCUACAACUACAACACGCCAGGUCUAUGAUGUUUCUGCUCAGCAUGUUGUCAGUGGGGCCAUGGAAGGCAUCAACGGCACCAUUUUUGCUUAUGGCAUGACAAGCAGUGGGAAGACUCACACGAUGCAUGGUGAUCAGAGGUCACCUGGAAUUAUACCAUUAGCAGUGAAGGAUGCUUUUAGUAUUAUUCAGGAGACACCAAACCGGGAGUUUCUUCUUCGUGUUUCAUACCUGGAGAUCUAUAAUGAGGUUGUUAAUGACUUAUUAAAUCCAGCAGGACAAAAUUUGAGAAUUAGAGAAGAUGCUCAGGGAACCUUUGUUGAAGGAAUAAAGGAAGAAGUUGUACUAUCCCCUGCUCACGCCCUCUCACUUAUAGCAGCUGGAGAAGAGCACAGACAUGUUGGAUCAACAAAUUUCAAUCUACUCAGCAGCAGGAGCCAUACAAUUUUUACGUUGACAAUAGAGAGCAGCCCGUAUGGUGAAAAUAGUGAAGGUGAAGCAGUAAAUCUAUCACAGCUGAAUCUCAUCGAUCUGGCAGGUUCUGAGAGCUCGAAGGUUGAAACAACAGGCAUUAGGCGAAAAGAAGGGUCUUAUAUCAACAAAAGCUUGCUAACUCUAGGAACUGUUAUUUCUAAAUUAACUGAUGGGAGAGCCACUCAUAUACCAUAUAGGGAUUCUAAGCUUACCAGGCUGCUUCAGUCUUCAUUAAGUGGUCAUGGGCGUGUAUCUCUCAUUUGCACUGUAACUCCUUCAUCAAGUAAUAGCGAAGAGACACACAAUACAUUGAAAUUUGCCCACCGUGCUAAACACAUUGAAAUCCAAGCAGAACAGAACAAGAUUAUUGAUGAGAAAUCACUGAUCAAAAAGUACCAAAAUGAGAUACGUGCUUUGAAGGAAGAGCUAGAACAAUUGAAGCGGGGUAUUCUAACCAUUCCUCAACUACAUGAUAUUGGAGAAGAUGAUAUUAUACUCCUAAAGCAGAAGCUAGAAGAUGGUCAAGUCAAGCUGCAAUCAAGGUUGGAGCAGGAAGAAGAAGCGAAAGCAGCUUUAUUGAGCAGAAUACAGCGAUUGACAAAAUUGAUUCUUGUCUCUACAAAUGCUUCACAAUCAUCAAGGUUACCGCAACGCCCUGGGCCAAGGAGGAGACAUUCAUUUGGAGAAGAAGAGCUUGCAUACCUACCACAUAGAAGGCGGGACAUGACUCUGGAUGGUGAGAAUGUUGAAUUGUAUGUUUCCCUCGAAGGGAAUGCUGAAACUGGAUGUGAUACAUUGAAAGAGGAGAAAAAGGCCCGAAAGAAUGGCUUGCUAAACUGGCUUAAGCACCGAAAACGUGAUAGUGGUAUGGAGUCAAUGAUGAGUGCCAGUGAUAAGUCAAGUGGAAAUAAAUCUAAUAGUACCCCUUCAACCCCUAAAUCAGGAAGUAAAAAAUUCAAUUUGGAAUCUAGGCUUUCCCAAUCCUUGUUUACAGAAAGUUCUCCAUGCAUGGAUCUUCUCUCAGAUGCUAGACGGCAUAGAGAAGUUCCAGAGAACGAUUACCUUGGACAAGAGACACCUUUGACAAGCCUAAAAGCAAUCGAUCAGAUAGAUCUACUAAGGGAACAGCAAAAGAUUUUGUCUGGAGAGGUAGCACUUCAUUCAAGCACUUUAAAACGAUUGUCUGAGGAGGCUGCAAGAAACCCCCUGAAUGAACAGAUUCAUGACAAGAUGAAAAGGAUAAGUGAUGAAAUCAGGGGAAAGAAUGAACGAAUUGCUUUGCUAGAAAAGCAAAUUGCUGAUUCCAUCAUGGUUUCAAGCAAUAUGGAGAAAUCAGAAAUAUCACAAUUUAAUGUUGCUGAAUUGGUGGCGCAAUUAAAUGAGAAAUCCUUUGAACUUGAGGUUAAAGCUGCGGACAAUCGGAUAAUUCAAGAACAGCUUAACCGGAAGAUUUGUGAAUGUGAAGGAUUGCAAGAAACAGUUGCAUCCUUAAAGCAGCAGCUAUCUGAUGCACUAGAAUCACCAAAUGUCCGUUCUAAAGCCUCCUAUUCCCAACAAUUCGCUAAAAUGAAUGGCCUGCAGAUGGACAAAGAAGUUGCGGCACCAAAAGAGAUUAGUAGAGAUUUGCUUAUAAAAACACAGGUGACCGAGAUUGAGGAACUGAAGCACAAAGUUGUGGGACUAACUGAGUCAAAAGACCAGCUAGAGUUGCAGAACCAUAAACUGGCAGAGGAGAGUUCAUAUGCCAAGGGGCUAGCCUCAGCCGCUGCUGUGGAGCUUAAGGAAUUAUCAGAAGAAGUUGCUAAACUAAUGAAUCAUAACGAGAGACUAAUGGCAGAACUUGCUGCAGCAAAGAAUCCUCCCACACAACGUCGAACAAGUACACUACGGAAUGGUCGAAGAGAGAGUCUGACCAAACAACAUGACCAAGUUGGAUCAUCCUCUUAUUUAAAGAGACAACUGGCGAUGAGCAAAGAGAGAGAGCUUUCGUAUGAAGCUGCUCUUCUAGAGAAGGAUCAACGUGAAGCUGAGCUACAAAGAAAGGUUGAAGAAUCUAAGCAAAGAGAAGCUUAUCUAGAAAAUGAACUUGCAAAUAUGUGGGUUCUCGUUGCCAAAUUAAAAAAAUCCAAUGGAGCUGAUACUUAAACUGUAGUUUCCGAAUCAACUAAAGGGAACGACUGGUUCAGUUCAGGGCACAGUUUAUUCACAAACAAUAAUUCGGCUUCGGCUUUGAUUUAGUAUUUGGUUUCAGAGAGUAGUGUCCUGAGAAUGUUGUGCAUUGCAUGUAGAGGGGCCAUUGUACAUUCCAUAGGAGUUUUUUCUUAUUCAUCAAAUUUGUUGCAUCUUUUGGGUUCUCUUAUCCAUUGGGGCAUUGUAUAUGAAAAGCUUCAGUUUUUGUACAUGAGUUUUGAAGCAGUGCAGCUCUCAAAUGUGUAGUUUUGCUUUUCAUCAGUUAAUUUUCAUAUCUGUUUCGCUGUAAA